CAGCCACCGUAGGCUACGUCAGAAAUAAAUAGUGUCAGCUAACUCACAGCUAGCUACUUGAAGAAACAACAUGGCAUUUACUUUGUAUUCCCUCAUUCAGGCAGCAAUUUUGUGCGUCAAUGCUGUCGCUGUAUUGCACGAAGAAAGGUUUCUCAGCAAAAUUGGCUGGGGAGUGGACCAGAGUGUCGGAGGAUUUGGAGAUGAACCAGGCGUCAAAGUGCAGCUAAUGAACCUUGUCCGCUCUGUGAGGACAGUGAUGAGAGUGCCACUGAUUGCAGUCAAUUCAGUCUGCAUUGUGCUGCUGCUUCUGUUUGGAUGAAGCGACAGAAGAUACCAGGAGAACAUCUCCAUCAUCUCAGGAACCUUUCUGAAGAACCAUGUUAUCGCUCUGACACACAGAAUGUCUCCUGUUAGCCUGAAUAUGAAUGUUGUCAUUUGAUAUUCCACAUUAAUACAGGGACUUUUGUUAAGGCCCAUUUAUACAGCACAGUAAUUAAGUAAAUUACUAAAUAAGUAAAUGCAGCUAUUUAGCAUGGUUAAUGUCCCUCUAAUAUUAUAAUAAAAGAGUAAUUACACUUAAUAAUUUUUUUGGGAUAAAAAAACGUAAGCAAAACACAUUUUUACUCUUGAAAUGUAUCCAUGAAGAUGCAAACACCAAAUAUAACUACUGUAAUGCAGUGACUGACUGUAAAAUGUUUUUGAAUAUUUGGUGUAUGGGUUUGUUAUACAAGUGCUUGAGAAUAAAGAGUUUUUAAAUAUUUCU